AUGAAAGGAUCAUUGACCCUUUCAAAGAACACAUUUAGUGAAAGAAAACCUACGAAUCACAUCCAGAUUUAUGAUGAUAAUAUUCUAAAUCCAUCGACAUCAACAGAUCUAUCAGUAGAGGCAAACAUUUCACAUCCAAGUAUUUCUGCGAUUGGCAAUGUACUGUCUCCAUGUGCCUCAGUCAUUAAAAAAAUGUUCUUCAGAAAAAUGGUAAAAUACGAAUUUGUAAAUAUAAAACUUAAGCAAUGA